CCGGAUAACGGAGCAGGAAGCUCCGCCUGUUUGUUCCCGUUACCGGAGAACGUCCUCGGAUCAUUAUGUGACUUCUUAACGGAAACGUUUGUGAUCGUGUGUCUCCUCUGGUGUGUGUCCGCAGUCAGUGACAUGUCUCUGGCUCAGAGGGUUCUCCUGACCUGGGUCUUCACCCUGGUCUUCCUCAUCAUGCUGGUGCUCAAGCUGGAUGGGAAGGUGCAGUGGAACUGGUUCCUCAUCUUCAUCCCUGUCUGGGUCUUCGAUGGCAUCCUCAUCCUCAUGCUCGCCAUCAAGAUGGCAGGCCGCUGCAAGCCCGGGUACGACCCCCGCAACGGCUCCCCCGACCUGCGGCUGCGCGCCUGGUACCUGACGGCCAUGCUGCUCAAGCUGGGCUUCUGCCUGACUCUGUGCGCCAAGCUGGAGAAGCUGGCCGACGUGAAGCUGACGUUUGUGUGCAUUCCGCUGUGGACCAUGUUACUGGGAGCGCUGGUGGAGCUGGGGCUGAACAUCUUUCCUGAGAGGAGAGAGGCCUGAGGAGAGGAGGGGGGGGUAAUUACACCAACACAAGACUUCUGUACAAAAUGUGUUCAUAUGACCAUUACUUUGUGAAAGUGGAGACCUUCGCCUUGGCCCGAUUGUCUCCACAGAGGACUGAGACUCGAGAAGGAAUCCAAUCAUCACCAGAUACAUCGGAUCUUAUGAAUUAUAGGCUGUAAAAAUAGAAGAACUCUGUGAAGUGUUCAGUGAAGGUUGAAGCAGAGCUGGCACUCUGCUGCCUGUGAGCGCAUGUGAAUCACAGUAUAUUCAUUUAAAGGAAACAAAACAAAUCAGUUCGAGCAAUACCUCUGCCAAGGCCCAGAUUUUGCACAGAAUCCAUCCAAAUUUUCAUUUGGACGUAGUUUUACACACGCAGAAAAAUCAGUACCAUGGUUUUUUCAUCAAGAUCCAUAAAUUAUUCUCUGAGUAUUCGAUUAAUAUCUCGCAACGUUUACAAAAACAUGAUUCCUGGAUUAGCCCUAAACUUUAAUGGGUUCUUUCGAGGAUCUUGUCCCAUCCUUACAUGUUUGGUGAAAGUCAAAUUUUUGCAUAAUGUUGUUGACAAACAAAUGGUGGAGGUAAAAAUCCAACAGCGCUCAAAAUGUUUUAUUUCUUUACGAACAUACAAAAAAAAUGCCAAUGCAGGAAUCAAAUGCAUUAGUAUAAAACUACUGUGAAGCCAACACUGGAAAAAAUUACCUUUUUCUUAUGCUAUUGAUUCUUUUUUUUACUGUACAUAAACUAGUGCUGCUGCUGAUGCUGGGGAGGGAAGUGAACAAACAGUAUUUGAUGAAUUUUUCUGUAUUUAAACAUUUGCUCUCGGUACCAGAUUGUGGAGUAUUAAAUUUGCUUCAGAUAUUGUUUGGCUGUAUUUAAUCACAGGCACUUUGUGUUUUUCAUUCCAGAGCUGCGGAGGGUAGUUGGCCAAAUGUUAUUUUACAAGUCAUAGAUUAACUUUUUCAGUGUUCACGGUUUUGUUUGUUUCGUUUGGCUUUGUAUCUGCAGGCUGCACUCUGCCUUUUACAAUUUGUAUUUGGUACCAUUAAAAUGAUAAUGUGUACCAAGAAAUUAAUGUUCUUACCGUAUAUUACAUUUAAAGUAUUGGUGUCAAACUACAACCAAACUCAACAGAUUAUUUUCUACCAGCCGUUUUAAACUGUGUUGAGUUGAUCAUUGAUCCAACGCCACGGUACAGCCGACACCGUGUUUUCUUUUGUGCCAUGUGAUUGUUUCGUGAGUAUUUCAAAAACAUUCUUCACAUUAUUUUGCACUAAGUUGACAAGAAAAUAAAUGUAUGUUUUGAUGUGGCAUGCACGUCUGUCUAGUAAAUGAUUUAUAUGAAA